AAAACAGCUCAUCUUUCAUUUUAUGUAACUUAACAUAUUAUUAUAUCAAUAUAUAUCAUAGUAAAAAAAUCUUUUCUUAAAUAAAAAAGUCAAAGACGUGAUGAUGUAGUAGCUCUGCUCCUCCAGCAGGAGGCAGUGACGUAUCCCAGCUGCACACUGAGCAUGCGCAGGGACAUGAACCCGGAAGUGUGAGAGGUAAACAUGUCGAAGAUCCAGAUGUUGCAGCUGCUCAUCACGCAGCGACUCAGCGCGGCCGCGGAGGAAAUCUUCGGAGUGUUCGGGAGAACCAUCGCCGAGUACGAGGAGGAAAUCUCCCGCUCCAAGCUGGAGAUCGACCGCCAGAGGAGGCUGCUGGAUCUGAGCAGGAAGCCCCGGGUCUCGGUGCAGCUCAGCGGCGGAGCUCUUUGUGAGCAGCAGGAUUGGAGGUUCAGUGUCGACCUGAACGAGAUGAAGUCUCCUCAGAUCAAAGAGGAGGACGAGGAGUCGUGGUCCACUCAGCAGGAGGAGACGCAGCAGACGAUGCAGCAGAAUGACGUGAAGCUGUUCCAGAGCGACGGAACCGAGGAGGAGGUCAACAACCACACGACUCCGUCAAUGUUCCAGAGACAGGAGGAGGAGGAGGAGGAGGAGGAGGAGGAGGAGGACCCUCAGCCAGGGACGUCAGUAGAGGACGAAGAUCUGAGCUCGGCUCAGCCGGACCUGGAUGCUCCGCUGUCCGAGGUCGUGGACUCGUACAUCUGCACCAUUUGUGGCCGUGCGUUCGCUCAGCGCGGCCACUGGGCCAAACACGUGCAGGUGCACCGGAAAGUCGAGAGCAAAGUGGACAAGUCCUACACGUGUGACAUUUGCGGGAAGAGGCUAACGCGGUUCGACGGUUAUCAGAAGCACCUGAGGAUCCACACGGGCGAGAAGCCGUACUGCUGCGACGAGUGCGGCCGCAGGUUCAGCGACAACUCCAACUACAAGCGACACAUUCGCACACACGCUGGAGCGAAGACGCAGCAGAGCUGAGGCGUCUCGACUGUGACAAACUUUUUCAUCAUGUCACAUGAAAAGUUUCAAAAAAUGUUUUGAGAGAAACAUCAAGAAAACGUUUCAGUCGAUAAAUGAAAAGAUAAUAUAUGUUUUUCAGGAAAAGACUAAGAUUUUCUUUCAGUCUCCUCCGACGUUUUAUUUUCACUCCGGAUCUGUUUGUUAUAACCCUAUAUCGUAAGUAUUAUUUCAGAUCAUCACAGUGAUCCAAUGAUUCAUAUAUUUAUUACAUCAGUUACUGUAAGAACCUUUAUUUACAGUGUACUGUGUUGAAUGCUUUUCAAAAUAGAAGCCCUUAUUCAAACUUGGAGGAGACUGAAAACUGAACAUCUCAACGUUUCUCUUCUUUAAUCAGUUUGGACGACGUUUGACAUGUAAAUAAAUCAAAAGUUUUCAUAUUUAUUAACGUGGACCAAGAGACACAUUCUUAUUUUUAUAACUGAAAUAAUUAAACAUUAAAACAUAAUCAUCAGUGUUUGUUUAUUAAAGCCUGUGAUCAAUAAAGAUUUUUUAUUUUCUCUGA